AUGAGCAGUAGCGAGGAGGUUUCGUGGAUUCUGUGGUUUUGUGGCUUGCGUGGCAAUGAAUUCUUUUGUGAAGUAGACGAGGAGUACAUUCAGGAUCGAUUCAAUCUUACUGGACUCUCAGAACAGGUGCCGAAUUACCGCCAGGCCCUUGAUAUGAUUCUGGAUCUUGAACCUGAUGAUGAAAUGCCCAACGAUGCGCACGAACCAGACAUCAUAGAGCAAGCCGCCGAAAUGCUCUACGGGCUCAUACACGCUCGCUACAUUCUCACGAACCGUGGUCUCAUGUUGAUGGGUGACAAGUGGCUGCAAGGUGACUUCGGCUACUGCCCUCGUGUGUAUUGUGACAACCAGCCCUGUCUACCGAUCGGUCUUUCGGAUAUCCCCGGCGAGGCGAUGGUGAAAAUUUACUGUCCGCGCUGCCAGGACGUCUACACGCCCAAGUCGACGCGCCACCACCACACUGAUGGAGCCUACUUUGGAACCGGCUUCCCCCAUAUGCUGUUCGCCGUCCACCCCGAAUACCGACCUAAACGUGCUCCAAAACAAUUUGUCGCCAGACUGUACGGCUUCAAGAUUCACCCGCUGGCUUAUCAACUGCAGUACCAAGCGGCCGCGAAUUUCAAUGCACCUAUGCGCAGCGGAGGUUUCGGCAAGCGCUAA